AUGGAUCCAACUGAUCUUGAGAUGCUGUCAUCAGAUUCGAGUAAUGCUAGUGAUGUUAGCGACCAUGGAUCUGCCAUUGUGUUAAAAAAGAAGCGGACGUACAGAUGCAAGUACUGUUCGAAAAAGUACUCCAAAACGCAAGCCUUGGGUGGUCACCAAAAUGCGCACAAGAGGGAGCGAGAGAUCACCAAAAGACAAAAACAAGCCAUGUUGCCACAUGUGAACCAACCGGAUCCAGAUCCGUACCCGUACCCGUACCCGUAUCCAUUUCCUAACCACUACGCUCUUCCGCCAGGAUUUGAACAGCAGCGUUUCACCAUUGAACCGGAUUAUCUAGCCACCAUGGUCUACAACCAACGUAGCGGAUCAUCAACCUCCGACUUUGCAAGACAACAAAUUGGUCCAAGUCAAGUAAUGGAUCAAGGUUGGCCCAUUACCAGAGACCUAUUCCAUCCCAUUAUGCCCCAACCAAUCUCGUCUGCACCGUCGUCAAUUUGUUUAGACCUUUGUCUUGGUGUUGGAAACAGUUCUCAAGUCCAAACGCAGUCUAAAAAACCAAAUGAUGCAUCAGAGAAGAUGGCUGCUGAGCAAGAUGAUCUUUCUCUUUCUCUUUCUCUCUCACUCUAA